AUGGAGUUUAUUGUGAUUUUGGGACUGGUGGUAGCCAUAUACUUGGUGCUCCUGUUUUUCGAUGGAUUCUUCAAGAGCUGUAUGCACUAUCCCUACGAUGCGUUCCUUCGAAAAACCGGAUUGUCGGUCAAAUUCCUUCGCCUGCAGUGGCGAACGACGGCCAUGAACCGCCGAAUCGUCUUUUGGAGCACCAAGUAUCCCCGGAGGCUGCUGGACUACAGCUUCAACGCGGGCGUUUACCUGAGCUUGCUGCUAAUGCCGUUUGCCAUGGUGACGAUUAUCAUAUCUUCGUUCCACUCGGCCAACCGGUCCCCUCACUCGGCACUCAGCCGGGGGUCUAUGGGCACGGCAUCGGGCGGUUCUGCGGGCGAAACGCACUCCGAGCGUCGGGUCGAAAUCGACCUCCUCAUACCUGGGGUCAACCUGCCGAUCAGCGAAAUUGGCUACUACAUUGUGGCCCUGGCCAUCAACAGUGUAGUGCACGAGCUGGGCCACGGGCUUGCGGCGGUGCUGGAGGACGUACAAAUCCGGGGGUUCGGGAUGCACGUUAUGUUGAUCAUUCCAAUGGCCUACACGCAGCUCGAUACCGAUCAGCUGAAUGCGCUGAAAAUGUGGAAGAAGCUGCGCGUACUGUGUGCCGGCAUCUGGCACAACGUAGUCGUCGGCAUCUUCACGUACCUCCUCUUCGUGUCGACCCCGGUCCUCUUCUCGGCGUUUUAUCGAACCAACGAAGCCGUCAUAGUGACGGGGCUCACUAGCACAUCCCCUCUGGCGGGGGCUCGCGGGCUCGAGCAGGGCGACAUCAUCAAGUCGAUCAACGGCUGCAAGACACGCCACGAGGACGGCUGGUUCAGCUGUCUGCUCCAAACCAUCCACUCGCCCCCGGCGUACUGCGUACCGACGGAGUUUGUGCACCUCAACGACGAGUCCGUUCCGAUGUCACACAAGAACGACGGUCUGAUCGAGUGCUGCGACAGCGAAAACACGGCCUCCAGCUGCUUCGAGUACAUGGUGGACGCGAACGAGGACGACGUGGCGCUGCCGCAACACAUGUGCCUGAACAUACGCAAAACCAUCGAAAACAGUUACGGCUACUGCCACCACAAUGGCCAAUGCGCCGACGGGCACUGCUUCAAGCCGAGCAUCAACAACUUCACCACCAUUAUGCAGAUUCGGCGCGAGGCGAAGCCGGACGUCAUCUACAUCGGGCACCCGGGCGAUCUGGUGCGCACGGUUACGAUUUCGCGGUUCGUCCCCAAGACUGGCCUGUUGGCGCCCCGGGUUGCCGAUUCGGUUCAGCUGCUGCUCAAGUACGUGACGGUGUUUGCGUUCGGCCUUGCGUUCAUCAACGUAAUGCCGUGCUAUGGCUUCGACGGGCAGCACAUUGUCAGCACGCUCCUGGCGGACAGCACCGUUCAGAAGCAGAAAACCUCCCGCGACAUGCUUUCACUCGCCGUCAACGUCGUGGGCACGCUGUUCGUAUUCAUACUGCUCAUCAAGGUGUUUUGGUUGUCUCUCUACCGGGUACUGUUCGCCUAGGCCUGCGGUCGCACCCACCAACACGGGCGCCUGGUUUCUACCAUAAUUCCAUUUGUGUUUGGCGCGGGGCCACUAACCCGGCCCGUACGAAACACAUUGUUACAGAAAGCAAUAGAAGAUUAACACUGUCUCUGUUGCAGGCCAUUGACCGCUCGGCGGUCUAAAGAAGAAGAAUAAUUCCAUUUGUGUAGGAAGUUUUCCGCUAGGGCACAAGCACGGGCACACCGUGUGCACCGUUCAGUAGACAAAGUACAAUACAUUUUAGAUGAAAACACAUUUAAGUUAAGCGAAGCCCACAUUAGUCAUUCAGCGGGUGGGAUAGACCGUGGUGGGU